CCAUUAAGACGUCUCCAAAACAGUCUUAAGAUCCUUUUACAGUGAUAUAAAGGCGUUUUUGCCUGCCCUCAAACACUGAUUUAUCUAUAAAAGAGCACAAACUAAAGAGUUAACGAAGGACCUACUUACCUUUUUCGAGACCGUUUCAUGAGAUCGCUCGAUAAGUGAACGACACAUAUUUUAUUCACAUUUACGAUCUUGCACAUUACAUUUAUAUGUCUGAACUUUGAACCUCGAAACUAAGUGGGAAACCAGCCAACCGGAAAUGUCUAAAUUUGACGACUUACUCCAGCAACUCGGAACAGGGAAAUGGAACCUGUUGAUCGUGAUCUCUGUGGGCUAUUGGAUAUUCCAGAUACCCUUGCACAGCAUGGGGGCGGCCUUUCUCACCCCAGACUUAACCUACAGCUGCCGAACCCCUCAUGAAGCAAAUGUCGAUAUUCAAGCCGAUAAUGAGACAAGGUCGCAGUGCAGCUACAACGUAACCAUCGAAGGAAACACCGAAGAACACGUUUGCUCGCAGUGGGAUUUCGACAACACUACGUACACCAACACCAUCACUUCCGAGUUCGAGUUGGUGUGCGAAUACAGCUUCUUAAGACCCCUCGUCAAAAGUAUUUACUUCUUGGGCGCUUUCUUCGGGUCCCUUGUCAACGGCUGGCUAACUGAUAGGUACGGUCGCAAACGCAUGCUUUCCUUGGGCACUGUGGUCUUCUCUGUCUCUGGCAACAUCCUCUGCUGGCUGCCCAACAUCCAUGCAAUCCUGGUCGUUCGCUUCGUCAUGGGAAUCAUGCACCCGACGUCCGUGUUUGCUGGUUAUACACUCUCCAUGGAGACGUGCGACCCGCGCCACAGGUCCCUCGUGGGCAUCCUCGUCUUCCUCCCUUGGUCGCUGUCCAUCAUCUCUCUCGGGGGCUUCGGCUACGCGCUCAGGGACUGGCGCUGGUUCGUCUUCACGGUGUCUCUGCCGAUGCUGGUUUUCCUGCCGGCGCUGUGGUUCAUGGACGAAUCGCCGCGCUGGCUGAUCGUGCGCGGCCGCCACGAGGCCGCCCUCCGCGUGCUCCAGAGGGCCUCGCGGUGGAACGGGGCGAAGCUGCUCCCGGAAGAGGACCUCCUCGCCCUCAUCGGGGACGUGCAGAGAGAGGUGAUUCAUGGGCACACGGAACCAGAGCAUAGCAAGCAACUCCACUCCAGGAUUCCUUGGCUUCUUGCAGCUUGUGGUGAAGGAAGUCACUGCUUUGGUCAGCCAGGUAAAUGGGGAGGGUCGGAGUCAGGAAUGGCAUCUGCCUGUAAAACAAACAGCCAAAACCAAUACGAUAGAAGUUGCUGCGGAGACUACAAGGGCGUACUCCAGAAACGACAUCAGGAUCGAUGUGUAUUAAGAAUUAACUGCUGGUAUGGAGUUGUAGUUACUCAUAAUUUCAAGUCUCCUAGAGUGUAUCGAAUUGAAUUCACCGGAAUACGGUACACGAAGAAGAAAAACAGUAAAAGUACAUUUGGAUUAACUAUGGGAAUUGAAAAGGUACCCUCGGUAACUCUAGAAGUGGAAUGCCGUAUGAUUUGUCCUUCCCCUUGGCAACCGGGGUUCAAGCAUGAGGACAACGCGGCGGACGAGGGAGGUGGCGACACCUCUCUCGACGAGGAGGGAGCCCAAGGAAAAGAACUGUAA